AUGGAAAAGAUUGAAAUUUUUAUCGCUUUGCUGUUAGGUGUGGCACUGUCUGUGCAUUUUGUUAUUCAAGGCCAGGACUAUGGAAGUCAGGACUAUGGAAGUCAGGACUACGGCAGUUCAAAUGCAACAUCAGAAAAUUCAACAGGCAAUGGAACCCAGGCUGAUGAUUAUUAUUACUAUUAUUAUUAUUAUGAAGAACCUCAAUAUCCAAGUGAAUGUCCAAUGAAUCAAUUUUCAAGUCAACAAGAAUUCGAUGACUGUUGUGCAGCAAUGGACGCAAAUCGUCGAAAUUUCUCCGACUGUUGCGAAUAUCCACAACUUGUUGUAUGGCAAUGGCAGUACAAUAUGUGCAUUAAGAAUGUUCAGGCUAAAGGACAAGAACCAAAUCGUUGUAAUGUCAUGCCAUGCUGCUAUCAAUACAUGGGUACCAUUGACUCGACAGUGACCAAAUCUGGAAUUAAAGUUGCUGGAUUGAAAUAUUCAUUCUUGUUGUCUGUUAAUAAUAACACAGCAUGGGUCAAACCAAUCAAUGAAUCUGUUGAAAUUUGUAAUAAACAUUUGCGCAAGACCGUUCCAAGUAAAAGGAAUGCAAAUGCUUACAAAAGCUUCUGGGAUUGCUAUGAAACUAUUCCACUUUAUUUAUAUGACAUUAUUGGAUGUUCAUAUAAUUUCAACUAG